AUGACAUCAUUGUGCGAUCCUUUUACACAAAAAGAAAAAAUUGAUAAAAUUCCUGACAUUAAAUGUUAUAUUCGUGAUUCACUGAGCAAAGUUCUCCGUCCUUUCGACCAGAGUAUUCCACCUGUUCAACUUGAACGUCCAGAAAAUUAUUGGCGCGCAGCUUAUAUUCUAACGACCGCUCUAGCAAACAAUUUUGAUUAUCCAUCCGAAUUCUAUGAGCAUGUAGCAAUUCUUUGGGCUGAUGCUGGUGUACAAUUGUGUCUGAAACAAUCUAUGGAACGAAACUAUUCAGAUAUUGUCAAAUAUUUUCUCGAUCUUGUGAACAAAGUUAAAUAUCCCACUUACAUUCCAAGCAUCACACAUCAUCGAGUGGGCUUUCAUCUGUUUGAAAUGGAUUUACGGCAUGACGACCGACAAGAAUGGAUUGAAUAUUUUUGCGAUGUUAUUGGAAUUAUUUUCGUUGUGGAUUGUAGUUGUUUUAAUUUAAUAACUGGCGAAGAUAGAAGUCAAAAUCGACUUCAGCAAUCACUUGAUCUAUUCAAAACUAUUCGAAAAAAUGAGUACGAUCAACUAUGA